CGGUCGUCGGUUGGCCUGCGGCCAUCAUUCACGAUUUUGAUUCACGAAAGAUCUCUCGACACAUCUUCGAUUUCAUGACGCUGUCGGUAACAAAAUAAUUUAAUUUUCCACAUUAACUCAGUAUAUAUCUGAAUAGAAAAAACGAAAAGCGGAUUGGAGAUAAGCGCAACCCGUAAUAUUAAGUUAUUCUAGUCUUGAAUUUGUUUUUAAAGAUGGCUGACGUACCAGAAGUGACUACUUCUUCUCCAACGGAGUUGCUGGCUGUGGGGCGCAGAAAUCUCGCCGUGAGAGACUACGGGGCGGCUGUCGAGAGCUUAGCUAAGGCUUGUGAACUGCUAGCCAAGGAACAUGGCGACACUGCCGAUCAAUGUGCUGAGGCUUAUUUGUGGUAUGGCAAGGCUCUUCUUGGUUUAUCGAGGGAAGAAAAUGGUGUUCUUGGAGAUGGAAUGCCUGGAACAAACAAUGCUGAAGAAGAUGAUGAUGAAAAUGAUGAACAAGAAGAAAAUGGAGAUGAGGAUGCAAUGGAAGCAGAUGGGGAAGCUAAUGGAGAUGUCACUGAAAAGGAGAAAGAAGAUGAAGAACAGAGUGCAGCAGAAUCCACCACUAAAGAAGAAGCGGCCACAGCUCCAGAACCAGAGAGUAGUGUACAAGAUACUGAACAGCCUGGUACAUCCAAUGGAGAGGCAAAUGAUGAAUCAAUGGUAAACCUUGACAAUGAAGAUGAUGUUGACAAUCUACAGUUGGCUUGGGAAAUGUUAGAUCUCUCUAGAAGCAUACUAGAGCGCCGUGCCCAAUCAAAAGCGGAAGGAGUUCGCACGUUGCUGGCCGAUGUCCACCUCGCCCUCGGUGAAGUAGCUCUCGAGAGUGAGACAUAUGACAAGGCAGUUGUUGACAUGCUGAGCUGCUUAGAAAUACAAAAAGAGUUAUAUCGCAGUGAUGAUCGGCGCAUCGCUGAGACACAUUAUCAAAUUGGUCUCGCGAAUUCCCUCGCGUCCAACUUCGAAGACGCAAUCACGCACUUCAAGAACGCGGCGAACAUUCUAGAGACAAGAAUCAAAUCAUUGGAGAGUCCCACCGCAGCUACUGAAGACGCGACAGUUAAGAAAUACUCGUCAGCCGAUCCCUUCUAUUCAGUCGAGGGUGAAAUUAAGGAGUUAAAGGAACUUCUGCCAGAGAUACAGGAGAAGAUUCAGGACAUGAUGGAUUAUAAGGCGGAGACCAUAAAGAGAGUACGAGAAACGUUGUGUCCGUCAAACGGUGAGAAAUCUCAAAGCAACGGAGCCAGCUCAUCAUCAGAAGCGAAACCGAAGCCAGCGGCUUCCGACAUUUCACAUCUCAUCCGCAGAAAACGCAAGCCCAGCGAGACUGAAGAACCGGCACCUAAAAAAGUUAAUACGUGAAAUAGUUUUAACACCUAUCUCUGUAAAAUAAUUGUUGACUACGCUCUCAGUAGGGAGCAACAUUUGGUGUGAGUGCGAACUGACUGUAAACUGACACGUGAUAUGGCAUUUGACCAAAACGUUUUCGGAAUUUAACGUGUUUAUUUUGAAUACUGAAACGUUCCUUUUUAUAUUUAGGGACGACGUUAUUCUUCUAAUAUGUGAAGGUCAAUUUAAUAAACAAUGCGGUUUCAUAAUUAAUAACGUCUUAAGAUGAGUAAU